UACGCUGAUUCUGAAUAUCGUAUUUAUUUUCGUUUAGUAUCGUGUUAUGGCUGUCAAAACUGCAAAAAAACGUGAUUUUCUAUUGAAAAAUGCUCGAAAUCAUCGAAAAUCAAAAGUUUAUGUUUACAUUUUAACAAUUUCAAGUUUGGCUGAAAUUCAGAAUGUAGGGUUUGAUAGAGCAAAGUCUGCUCUACAAAACCCACUAUGCCACUAUGCCGAGCAAUAUAGCCAUUUUUCGUUUCUAAGAACUAAGUAUGAGCACUAUCAUUUGUGUCGCGGAUUUCAGUAUCACUGAGGAAAAAAAUUUAUUAGAAGAAGAAAAACGAACAAAUGAUAUAUGGGAAAAUGCGCGAGAUCUUGGGGAACAAGAAUAUACAGUCAUAAUUAGUUUUCGUCCAAAUAAUGAUAAAAAAGUUAAGACCACAAUAUUUGGUAAUUUUUCCGAGUUUUACACUGUUUUCGAGUUUUUUCUUUUUUGCUGCUCUACUUGUGACUUCUAUAUCUUUCUGAAGGAACGUCUGUUUAAGCUAAUUUGUUUACCAUAACAACAAGUCAUUAUGUUCUAGAAGAUAAGGACAUAUUCGGUCAAUUUCAUGAACCCUUGUGUUUUCGUGGGAGAAACUCCAUGGAAUAGGCCAUGUGUAAUUUUUUGUUGCUCUUUCAGCUUUCCUGAGAUACAUUGAAAAAUAUAUCCUAACUAGCAUUAUCACUGAGUUGAUUUUAUACUUUUUAUCAAAAUAUCUCGAGAAAGAUCAAAUGAAAACAACAAUAUAUUUCAGAUUCGUGAUCAGAAACACCAGUUCUGUUUUUUAUAUAAUUUCUAUCUAAUCAUUUUAGGUCAUGAAGAAAAUGUUCAUUUUCUCAUCCAGUGUACCAUCCUAUAGAUUCUUAUUGUCGUGAAUAUGCUCUCAAACAUAGCAUACAUAUGUUGUAUUUAAUACUUUUCGUGAGGUUUUCUCAGCUAUUAAUCGCUUUUCUUCCCUAUCAAUGUGACUAUCCAUUACAGAUCUUCUUUAGCAAUAGUCCAUCGGAUGUUUGUGUUUCAUAAUGUGAAAUAUUUUCAUUACUUAUUGCUUCGGCUCUUGCUUUCAGUUUUAGUAUGACUUGUAAACGAUUCGAAGUGCUUUCGACUAUCUUCAGUCGUUUUUAUUUGUCAUAUUGGCUGAAGAGAAAUUGUAAUAGGUAGCAGCUUCUAGCUAUCAACACGAGUAUUGAGCACGAAUGCGAAAACAUUUGAACAACUUCUUUAGUUUUCCAUACAGGGGAGACGAAAAAAAAUAAACGUUUAGAACAGUCAGUCUUAAUCACCUGCAAACGCUUUCUCUCGUUUGUCAACACGUUCAGAACGUACUAAUAUCGCAUAUUUUAACGUACACAAACACGAUAUUUUGAGCACUUGAGUGAGAAACCCUGUCGAUAGUCAUUAACAUACGUGUUUCCUGCGAGAAAACACGUUGCCAAGCUUUCAAAACGCACAUUUUAACACAUAUAAACGUGCUUUCUUGAUUUUUAUCUAACUGAAUUGCUUCAUAUAUUUUUACACCACUAUAAAGUUUUUUAUUGCAUAUUAUUAUCCUUUAGUUUGUUAUGUAUUUUUAUUUCAGUAAAUACGGAUAUGAAAACACCUGAUCGGCUCUUCUCCCUCAAUCUAAAAUCAGCCUAUGAGACUCUUAAUUUAAAAGAAAUAUUCCCUUUAUUUUUCAACACUUUAUCUGUUGUCGUUUUCACAUUAUCAAAUCCUAUGGUUAUAUUCUGGUAGCCAGCGUUUUUACUCUGCCAACUUUAUUUUCAAGUAAUACAUACGAUGGCUCACCUUACUAUUUCCUCCCUUCAGUAUUCUGAUCGUACGACUAUAUUUUCUACUAAGUAGUAUUUUUUGUCAUCAACUAACUCGUCUUCUUCUUUUCUAAAGUAGGUAUCUUUAACUUUCUCAGAUUUCACGUACAUCUUCUUCUGUACUCAGGUUCCGACUUGAUACAAUACUACUCCCAAGGUCUGAGUAUUUGAAAUAAUAUUUUGGAUGCAAAGUUUACUUGACUUCCAAAAAAAUGCGUUGUCAUUCUUGCAAAAUUCGUGUUCAGAAUCUUAUUUUGAGUACUCCUACUUUCGGUAGGAUCAUAUCAAUUUGAAACCUGAGUAUGAAAGAAGAAGGGCUUGACAUUUCAGAAAGCUAAGGACGACUCCUUAUAAGUGCGAAAAAAAAACCAUUUAUUGAGAGAAAAUAUUGUUGACUAAAAAAUAUAAUCGUACAAACGGAAUACGGAAGAGAGAAAGUAAUAAGGUGAAAUAACGUAUGCAUUACAUUAAAAAAUGAGGUAGCAUGAAUGUUGGAAUGAAUACACAGAAGUCUGAUAAAGAAACUAUAAUUCCACUAUGCGUUUACUUUGUUUAACAUUGAUGUGUUAGAAACGCUACCAAUCUUUCCGAAUAUACGCGCUGAAACAUAAGAGAAUCACGAUGGUUACUUCACCAUGCUGAUCGGCAUGAUGAGAAACGUCCAUUUAGCGUACAUUUUAUUCGCUCAGAGCACCUUUUAGGCACGCAGUUUCGGAGAGAUGGGAGCGUUUUCAUGAAUCUCAUUAUACGCGAUUAGACGCACUUUUGACCGUUUCUUGUCUUCCUGUAUGAUGGUUGUUUAUGAUGGUAAUUAGUGUACUUUGAUUGAUAUAUCCGGAAUAUGAUGUUUUACAUUUCCAUCACGUAAUAUUUAUUUGGUUAUAGAUACUCGACAAUGCAAACAAUACAAUUGUAUACUAUACUUCAACAAUUUUUCUUGUUGUUGAUAAUUGAGAAUUCUAAUUGCAUUUCUAGUCCUAUUUCACGAUUUAAGACAUAUCAGCAUUCAACUGAACUUCAACCAGAUGUUGCCAAUCUUUGGUGGACAGUGGAUGAAACUGAAGCAGAGAUCAUGUUCGAAUUACACAUUAAAACUACUGGAUGGAUUGCUCUAGGCAUUAGUCCCGCUGGUGGUAUGAAGGGUGCUGAUAUCGGCGUCGGAUGGAUUGACAAUCGAGGCCAAAUUCAUUUUCAAGAUCAAUAUGCAUUCGGCUUUACAAAACCUGUGACUGACAAUACAACAACGGAUUGGUUUCCUCUUCAAGGUCGCGAGGAAAAUGGUUGGACAGCGAUUCAAUUCAAACGAUUACUCGACACAUGUGACUCUAUGGAUGUUCCAAUUAAAUCCGGAUCAAAUAUUGUCAUAUUUGCCUAUGGUCUUAUCGAUCCCGAUAUGUUUGAAACAUAUGGUGACAUAUCCUAUCAUGAGAAUCGACGAAAUUCACGCAUGAUUCCACUUCGAACCUAUGCGAAUCCGCCGUCAGAUGACAAAUUUGUCGAAUUUGAUUAUGUGGAAUUUCGUUUAGAUAAUUAUAGAGUACCAUCGACUGAUACGACCUAUCAUUGCAAAAUAUUCAAGGCUCCAAGCCAUUUUCUAACAAAACGACACGCCAUUGCAGUACGAAUACAAGAAAUAAAUAUUAAUUACGAAUAUCUCAAGCAAUUAUUACUUAGUAUAAAACGGACAGCGGAAUUAGCUGAACAAUGGCAAGAAUUUUAUAAUAAUGCUACACGUCUUGUUGUAUUCGGUCGUGCAGAACAUUUAGAUUCUGAUAUUCUAGAGAAUUUACCUAAGUUUGAAAAUUUAAAACCUGUUGAAUGUAGAAAGGAACCUAUUGUGAACUCUGCUACUUCAAAUACAAUCGAUUUUAGUCUUGCGUUUAUUUCAUAUUUAUUGCAAAAAAUAUUAUCGUAUAACAAAUAA